GUGGAAUGGCUGAAGAAUGAGGAGCCCAUUGAUUCCAACCUGGAUGAGAACAUUGACACCAGAGCAGACCACAAUCUCAUCAUCCGUCAGGCACGUCUGUCCGACUCCGGGAACUACACCUGCAUGGCAGCCAACAUCGUGGCCAAGAGGAGGAGCAUGUCUGCCACAGUGGUGGUGUAUGUGAACGGGGGUUGGUCAUCAUGGACUGAGUGGUCCAACUGCAAUGCCAGGUGUGGUCGGGGCUGGCAGAAGCGAUCACGGACCUGCACCAACCCGGCGCCGCUCAACGGAGGAGCCUUCUGUGAGGGGAUGUCUGUGCAGAAAAUCACCUGCACCUCUCUCUGCCCUGUGGAUGGCAGCUGGGAGGUGUGGAGUGAGUGGUCAGUGUGCAGCCCAGAGUGUGAGCACCUGAGGGUUCGGGAGUGCAUUGCACCACCUCCCAGGAACGGAGGGAAGUACUGCGAGGGCUUGAGCCAGGAGUCGGAGAACUGCACGGAAGGGCUUUGCAUUCAAGAUAAAAAACCUCUUCAUGAAAUAAAAUCCCAAAAUAUCGAGACUGCCAGUGACAUUGCCCUGUACUCUGGCCUGGGAGCAGCAGUCAUUGCUGUGGCCGUGCUGGUGGUCGGCGUGACCCUGUACAGACGCAGUCAGAGUGAGUACGGCGUGGAUGUCAUUGAUUCCUCUGCACUCACUGGAGGCUUCCAGACAUUUAAUUUUAAAACAGUCAGACAAGGUAAUUCCCUGCUCCUGAACUCCUCCAUGCAGCCUGACCUGACAGUGAGCAGGACCUACAGUGGCCCCAUCUGCCUGCAGGACCCCAUGGACAAGGAGCUAAUGACAGAGUCAUCCCUGUUCAACCCACUCUCAGACAUCAAAGUCAAGGUCCAGAGCUCCUUCAUGGUGUCCCUCGGGGUGACAGAGAGAGCUGAGUAUCAUGGAAAGGCACAUUCUGGAACUUUCCCUCACGGGAAUCACAGAGCUUUUGGUACAAUACAGGCUAGAAACAAGGCCAUGUACAUCCAGAACUUGUCUUCUAUCUCGACGACGAGCGAGCUGAAGACAACUGCUGUUUUUGGCCACCUGGGUGGCCGUUUGGUGGUUCCAAACACAGGAGUCAGUUUGCUGAUCCCACAUGGAGCUAUCCCUGAAGAGAGUUCGUGGGAAAUCUUCCUUGCCAUCACUCAGAAGGAGUCCAG